CAGAGCAUGCGCAUUGAGCGUUGAACAGUUUUGAAAACAACACCGCGAAAAGUAGCUCUGCUGCUAACAACAACAACUUUACGACAUUUGUGUCUUAACGCCAUAUAAAAUGUUUUAGGUCUUACUUUAAACUCAAAGAAACUUCCUGUUCAUUGUUGCUUCUACUAGAGUUAGCUUGGCCUGACAAUAAUACAUUGCGUUACAUUAAUAUUUGCUAAAUUUGCUUUUAUAACGUUAGCUGUUAAUUAUUUACGUUAGCUAGCAGACAUGAAGCCCGUACGUGGUUCUGACCGGGCCGCAACUAAAGCACCUAACUUGAAAAACAAGAAAAAAUCAGAGCAGGCGACGAAACAACAAGCAACUGAGCACCAGGAUCCGGAGCCCAGUGACAGUAACCAUGACAAGAGCACUCACCCAAAACCAGCACCGAAGAGGAAAGCUGAAGGCUCAUCUUCAGUCCCUGACAAAGUCAAAGGUCAGAAAAACUGGAAGCCGAUGCCGGUGUCCUCCAUCACUGCUCUGGAGAACAUGAUGGACUUGUCAAUACUAGCAACUCUUGCUUUGAAGCGGACAGAGAAAAAAGAGAGCCAGGAACAUCUGAACAUAAUGAAAGCCAGCUUCCUUGCUCAAUGUGCACAGCUCAAAGUUCCAGUGCAGAAACAAAAAGAUUUGCAGCGUUCAUCUCACCACCACCAGGAGGAAACCAAGAAGUCUGUGGUUGGAAAGAUGACUCUGAACAACCUGCAGGAAGACUUGACGGCUGUGGUCAGCACUCUGGAGAAGACAGAGGAACAAACUGUCUCUUUACAGCAUAAUUGCAUUAUGCUGAGAGACCAGGUGGAGGAAGAGGAGGAGAAAGCAAAAGAGAUCUUACAGAUAACUGAACAAGCAGUUCUCAACCUUCCUACACUACCCCUGCAAAAAGAUGAAACAUUAGAGGCUCGGAUGAGAAAAAUUAUACCAGACGGUGACUGUGAGACCACGGCCCAGAAGCUGGGAGAAAUCCUGCAGGAGUCAGAGGCCGUCCAGAAUGCCCAGGUGCUGCUUCAACAGGCACACAAACAUGCUGAUCAGCUCUUCAAACCUUCAAUGGUGCGCCUUGUUCAGACUGGAACUUCACCAAAUCUCUGCUGACACAGGUCUGAAAAAGGCCUUAUAAAAACAACCAUUCUGGGCUACUAUAGAAACAGUCUAGAGGCAGACAGGAAACAUGGAGGGGGGUUUUGUAGUUUACGUGUUAACCAUUAAAGCUUUUUAAGUUUAAGUAUUUUACAGCUUUCAAUUUUAUGUAAAAGUUGUAAUUAAAACAACUGUUACACUGCA